AUGUCCAAUACUGGAAUUUCUGAUGUAAUUCCUACUUGGUUGUGGAAUUUUUCUUCUGCUUAUGAUAUUGACUUGUCCAGAAACCAUAUUUAUGGGGAAAUUCCUAUUUUUCCAAAUGAUGGUUCUUAUAUGUUAAACUUGAGUUACAAUAAGUUAACAGGACCAUUACCUCGUAUUCCAAUUUCGUACAUGCUAGAUCUUUCAAAUAAUUACUUGUCUGGUAACAUUUCUAAUUUCCUUUGUGAUCCAACGAGUUUUGCAAGAAACGUUUUGGCCCUGUAUCUCGAAAAUAAUCUUUUAUCAGGAAAGAUUCCUAACUGUUGGAUGUAUUGGCCAUCAUUAAAUUUGAUAGAUUUGGAUAACAAUAAUCUAACUGGGAAAAUUCCAAACUCUAUGGGAUCUUUACUUAGCUUAAAGUCAUUGCAUCUUCACAAUAACAACCUUAUUGGUGAAAUACCAAAACCUAUUAAGAAUUGUACAGCCUUAAAUGGACUCGAUCUUGGUUUUAAUAAGUUGGUGGGCACUAUACCAAGAUGGAUCGGAAGUCUUCCAAUGCUGCGUUUUCUUGUCCUUCGUUCUAACAACUUCACAGGUCAUAUUCCAGUUGAACUCUGUAAACUUUCCAAGCUUCAAGUAUUAGAUGCUAGUAAUAAUAUUUUGACGGGAAAGAUAUCGAAUUGUUUCAAUAAUUUAACAGCUAUGACGUCUAAAUCACAAAAAGAUCCAAUUUAUUAUUAUUAUGGCGUCAAUGAUCAAAGACCUAGAGAGAAUGCAAAUCUUGUUAUCAAAGGAAGGGAAAACCAAUACAACACUAUCUUAUACCUCUUAAGUACCUUCGAUCUAUCUAGCAACAAGUUAUUAGGAGAAAUUCCAGAACAACUUACAAGUCUCGAUGCGUUGCAAUCAUUGAAUUUGUCGAGAAAUUAUUUGAGUGGGAGCAUUCCUAAAAAGAUUGAUAGUAUGACUGACCUGGAAUCUCUUGAUCUCUCAAGGAACCGUUUGUGUGGUCAUAUUCCUACAGGUUUGUCAGGUUUAUCAUUCUUGAGUCACUUGAACUUGUCAUACAACAACUUGUCGGGACAAAUUCCAAUAGGCACGCAACUACAAAGCAUGGAUGCCUCUAGCUUUAUUGGCAACGAAUUGUGUGGACCACCGCUCAAAAAGUGUAUUGAAGAUCGUGACACAAUGCAUUCAAAUGGAAGUGAGGAAGAUGGAGAAAGGGAAGAUGAUGAAUAUUGGUUUAGAUUGGGCAUAGGAAUGGGGUUUGGAGUGAGCUUUCUAGGUGUUAUUGUUUCGUUAGUGGUUUGUGGAUUUUGGAGGCGUGCUUACUUUUGGUAUUUCGAAGAAUAUUUGUGUAACAAGUUUGUGGACUAUUUCAUCAAAAUAAAUUACAUGUUUUGAAAGUAUUUGUGUCAGUCACGUUUUAAAGUCUU